AUUGAUGCAGCAUCUCUCUGUCUUUCUAACGAUAAACUCUCGGAGAAAGAGGGAAAGUCUGAUGGCUAUUGUGUUCUGUUUGUUAAAUAUUCAUUGAACAAAGCAGACACGGAAACCCCUAAAUCCUAAUCCAAUGAUCACACGAAAGCUCUCAGAACAAGAGAAUAGAAAAGUGGUUCAGAUCUUCUCUGGGUUUUUAUCUCUCUUUGCCAAUAUAAUUUCUCUGCGUUUCAUUCUCAUUUUGAAGCCUUUGUAGGUGUGGGUGAAGGACGUGAGCUUUCUCUUUCCAUUAUAGUAAAUUUCUUUCAAAAUCUUGUCUUUCUUUUUCCAUUCUUUUCCCCCAGACUAUUUAGAUAUGACCAUCAAUUUGUCGUUUUUCGUGGGUAAAACUAUCAUGGCUUCUUCCUCUUCUUCUUCUUCAACUCCUGCUUCUCCGUCGAUUCCUUCUCCACCUCCACCACCAGUGUUCUUGACGCAGGAAGAAUUGAAGAGAAUCGCUGCAUUGAAGGCCGUUGAGUUUGUGGAAUCGGGAAUGGUUUUAGGGCUGGGAACUGGGUCGACGGCCAAGUUUGCGGUGGAGCGAAUAGGAGAGCUUCUGCAAGAGGGGAAACUCAAGAACAUCAUUGGAAUACCCACUUCAAAGAAAACCCAUGAACAGGCGAUGUCGUUAGGGAUUCCUCUUUCGGAUCUUGAUUCGCAUCCGGUUAUUGAUCUUGCCAUUGAUGGUGCCGAUGAAGUUGAUCCUUACCUCAAUCUCGUUAAGGGCCGAGGUGGGUCUUUGCUGAGGGAGAAGAUGAUUGAGGGCGCUUCCAAGAAGUUUAUCGUCAUUGUUGAUGAGUCGAAGCUGGUACCCUAUUUGGGUGGGAGCCUUCUUACUAUGCCGGUUGAGAUUUUGCCUUUCUGCUGGAAGUUCACGACUGAGAAGUUACAGAGGUUGUUUGAAGACUAUGGUUGUGUUGCAAAGCUUAGAACUUGUGGGGAAAGUGAUGAGCCCUUCUUGACUGAUAAUGGGAAUUAUAUUGUGGAAUUGUAUUUGGAGAAAGAAAUUGGGGAUCUAAAUGCUGCUAGCGAUUCAAUUCUGCGACUUACAGGUGUUGUUGAGCAUGGAAUGUUUCUCAACAUGGCCACCACUGUUAUAAUUGCUGGCGAGCUAGGAGUCACAGUGAAGAACAAGUAGGAUUGGAAGAUGGUUGCCUUGACCCAAAUCAUUUCACUAGCCAAAAUUCAAUAGUAGCUAACUCAUACUUGAUUAUUUUCUUUGUUACAGAGGAGGAUGUUCUUUCCCCCAGUAUCAAUUUAAUGAUUACUGGUGUGUUUUUCAUUAAAAUUUGUUCUUUAUUGAGACCCUCCUUUAUUUUUUUCUGUUAACAUGUCAAGAAAUUCAAGGCAGGUUUUCAUAAAGGUAGGAAGACCGAGCCUUUCUAGGUUCAGCUGCCUCUGUAAGAUUUAGUCUCAGAAGCAAACUUGAUUUGGGAAACCGAUAAUGAAUUGUCACUGGAAUUGAAAAUGUUGGUUUUAAUUUACCUGUGAUUUGAUAUG